GAUAAGUUGUCUCCUUCCUCCAGUUCAGGUCCAUGUUUAUCAGUGCACAGUAAUGCUGGUUUAGUUCAUGUUAUUGUCAGGUAGGGCCCAGAUAAAUGAGCUUCCAGAAUCCUUUUGUUUUUCACGCAUGGCGGACAUAAUUUAAAAACAAGAGAAACUUCAAAAUACACGCAAAUGUUUUUUUCCAUGAGAGAUUGAUCUGGAAUAUUAAAAUUGAUAUUUUUGCUUAAAUCUUGUACUGAAAUCCCUCUUCUCUCUUUUGAAAGCCAUAAAAUUAGAAUUCUUUCUUUCUUUCACUUCGUUGCAUGUUAAGGAAUUCAUUUUUUAAGCCGACAUGGCGAUAAACCACCAAUGUCAAGCUUCAGGACACAUAGCAGUCAUGUCUUUUACACUCCUACACACACCCCUUUUCUUUCUUUCCUACACACACACACACACACACACACACACACACACACACACACAUACAUACAUACAUACACGCACACACGCACACACAGCCUGAAAAUCUGUCAAUUUCUGCCGCGUGGUCACGUGACCUCCUCCUCCGUGGAGUGGAUGGAGAUGGCUCUCCACGUCAGCUUACGUCUCCAAAUUUCUGCUUAGCGAACCUGCUUCAAAGAGGCAGGAGGCACGGCGCUUCAGAGCCAUGUUCGGGGCGGUUAUAGAGGAAUCAAACCCCAACAUAGAGUUAUAGUAGCGGGUGAACUACGAUGAUGGAUUUUGACGAAAGGGUCCCCGUCGGAUCGAACAUGUAUUUGCCCAGUUGCACUUAUUACGUCUCGGCGGGGGCUGAUUUUUCCGGUCUUCCCUCGUUUUUAUCUCAAACCCCGUCCACCCGCCCCAUGACAUACUCCUACUCCUCUAACCUGCCGCAGGUCCAACCCGUCAGAGAGGUGACGUUCAGGGACUAUGCAGCCAUUGACGCGUCCGGUAAAUGGCCGCACCGGGGGAACUUGCCUCAGUGCUACCCCAGCGCGGAGGACAUGGUGCACCGGGACUGUCUGUCGGCGCAAACUGCCGUCGUAGGGGACAUGUUUGGUAAAAACAGCCCCGCAGCCGCCGCCGCCGCGUAUCACCACCACCACCACCACCACCAUACUAGCGCCAGCUCCGCUGCCUCCAACUUCUACGGGAACGUGGGCAGAAAUGGCGUGCUGCCACAAGCCUUCGACCAGUUUUACGAGACGGCGUACGGGAACACGUCGGAGAGUUCUUCAACAAAUGGCUACUCAGGGGAAAAAACCCCGACCAAACAGCCCAGCUCUGCGCCAGAGGACGCGCCGUCGUGCAGGGACACCGAGACUAAGGAGCCGCGGGAUGAGACGAGCAGCCCGGAGUUAUCUUCCGGUAACAAUGAGGAGAAAUCCAGCAGCAGCAAUGGACAGAGGACACGCAAGAAAAGGUGCCCAUAUUCCAAAUAUCAGAUCAGAGAACUUGAAAGAGAAUUCUUUUUCAGUGUGUACAUUAACAAAGAGAAACGCAUGCAACUGUCUCGGAUGCUCAACCUCACCGACCGGCAAGUGAAGAUUUGGUUUCAGAACCGCCGCAUGAAGGAGAAAAAACUGAACAGAGACAGAUUACAAUAUUAUACCUCUAACCCUCUCCUUUAGGGCUGAAAACAGUGCCGUCAGCUUUCAUUGUCCUCCUGUGCUGUGGGACCGACUGCGUUUACAGACAGACUGACUUUGCCCGGUGUACAUUGUGUACCACAAUGGCCGCGACAGCAGCAGCAGCAGCUACAACAACAACAACGCUGCUCAGUGGUUAAUUUCAAGUUCGAGGACAACAAGUAUCGUGUGAUCUGAAGUUCCUAAAGAGUGAGCAUGAAUAAAGACAUUCUUCUGGACUUUUGGUUUCACUCUGCAGACUCAGUUUGGGGAAAAUGUAGAAACGAAUUGUUGUCCUCGCCAAGACUGCGCUUGCGAAGGCCUAUGUUAAUAUUAAUGUGAUUCACAGGACGCCUUGUUUAUUUUCUUUGGAGGCGGACAAAAAAAAAAAAAAAAAAAAAGAAAGAAAGAAAGAAAAAAAUCAUCAGUCACUAAUUGACUGUCUCAGUGUAUUUUGUAAUCAAAAGAUGUAUUUUACUUUCUUCUGUUUUCAAAUCAGAAAAGUGUUGGAUUUAGGUCGAUGGCGAGUAUGUGACUUUGGUAACUGAAUCUAUAUUGGUGUGACCAAAUAAUGAGUCCGAAAGGAUGAGAAUGUAACGUACAUUUUGUUUUUGUGCUUAUUUAUUUUGUAGCCGCUCGUUUACCAUCUCCCUUUAAAGCCACGGCUAAGUCAAAGUCCAUUAUUAAAGGCAGGCUACUGGAAUCCCGUGCUGAGUCUGGGCUGCUCUCCCAGUGCGAGUUUUUGUCGUCCUUCCUGUAGCCUGCACAAUGAGGGCUAUGAGUAUUUAUAUUUUACGUAUCUUUCACUUCCCAAAUCCUUGCCGUCCUCGUGAUUUUUUGGGUUUUGGGGUUUUUUUUUGUUUUGUUUUUGGAGAUUACCAGUCGAGAAUUGUUAAUGCAGGCCAAACCAGACAGAUAAGCUUGUCUACUGGAUCCGUGUGGAGUUGCACUGAGGUACACGCCCAACACAUUCGCACAGGUAUACAUGGGACCUGUUCGGUCUCUUAUUGAUACGCAUAACAGAAUAUUUUUCUCAUGACAUGUGAUCAUUUGGUACUUGCUAGUCUAAAGAAGAUUUUAA